AUGUCUUCCGCCAAUAAGCUCGCCUCCCUGGACUCCUCUGUCGCCUCCUUCCAAUUGAAUAACAACGGCGGCGCGUCUUUUCAGAAGCAACAAGCGGCCCUUCACGGCGGAAGCAAAGGCAGUCAUCCUUCUCGCGCCCAUCAGCAGCAGCAUGCCUCUGGCCAAUCAUCCAGCAAGCCGCGCAACACGCAUAAGCAUCAUCGCAAGCCAGAGUCUUCCCUCAACCACCUCCUCAACUUCUCCUAUACGCGCCCGUCGCAUCAAGACCGACUGCCCGUACGCAGACAAGCGCGAUCGACGCCGAGCUUUGGGAUUGGCUCCGGCUACCAUCCAGACGACAAAGCGCACUUCGUCAAUGCGAAUUACAGAUUCGUGGUGCACCCGGCUGGUGACUAUCGCGCCAAUUUAGCACAGCCGGAUCUGCCUGUUCCUUGGGAGAAUGUCCUUCAGGUACUUGCUUCUGCACAGACGCAAUGUAGCGCGUGUCCCAUCUGCCUUGAAGCAGUCCCGAUUGCACCGCGCAUGUCGAAGUGCGGUCAUGCAUUUUGCUUGCCAUGCAUUUUGCGCUACCUUGACUCAGAAGACAUCAAAACGGGCAAGACGAGCAGUAAAUGGCGGAAGUGUCCAAUUUGCUUCGAUGGCAUCUAUGCAAAAGACUUGCGGCCCGUCAAGUGGUUCUUUGGGGAGGAGCCGGUCCCCAGUACUGGUGCGGAAAUCACACUGAGGCUCUUCAAGCGCUCCUCUGGCUCACCACAUGCGCUGCCGAGAGAAUCAGGGACGAUUGCUGAAGAAUCAGUUCCUUGGCACAAUCAGAGCGAAGCCCUUGAUUAUGCUCGACUUGUCAGAGCAGAUGCCACUUACCUCACGCAAGAACGGGAGCGCGAAGUGGAUGCUCUCUACAAGAUGCGUAUUGAAGAUGCAGCUGCCUUUGGCGAUGACGGUCAAUGGAUUGAUACGGCACUUGACAAGAUUGACGACUUGGCAACGCUCUUCGCAGAUCUUGGCAUAGCGGCACCAAUGCCUACAGAGGGGCAAAAGGCAAAUGUUGUGCGUGCACCCAUUGCCUAUGAAAUGUCCGCUGAUGCGCCAACGGCCUACUUUGCAGCAACGGCGCCGGUCGCUGUACCGCAACCUGCGCAAAGACAACCAGAACGCACACGCCACCAACCUUCUCCACCAUCCUCACGCGCGCCUCGUUCUCGUAAGGGACAGGCGGAUAAUUCUCAAGAGACCCCGGAUGCCUACUACUUUUACCAACCGAGAACAGGCGCACACGCGUAUCUUGCAAGUCUCGAUAUUCGCUUAUUGAAGCGCGCCUUUCAAGACUUUGAACAUUUCCCAGCUGAGUUGAUGGCGCGUGUAGAACAUGUCACGACUGUCAAGAUUGAUGCUGAUUUGCGUCGUCGAACAAAAUACCUCUCACAUCUACCACUUGGUUGUGAAGUGACAUUUUUGGAGUGCGAUUGGCAGGCACGUCUGCCUGCUGGUGUUUUGGAGCCCUUCAAAGUUGAAUUGGACCGGCGCAGGAAGAAGCGAAAUGAUAAAGCCAUCUCUGAAGAAUAUGCUCGACAGCGUGCUCAGAAGCAAGAAGACCGACGACAGCGUAUGGCGUUGCAUUCAGGUGGUCGCGCUUCAUGGCUACAAGACAGUGCCGCAACAGAGGAUGUAUUUGACUUUGACGAUGACUCGUCUUACUUUGCACGCAACGAUACCAACACUUAUGAUGUGUUGCAUCAGGCAGAGACUGCGUCGUCGCCGACGAGUGGACAUGAGGUUCCGCGCUCCACAACAGUCUGGGGUACCACCGCUCCUGCACCGCUGGAAUUAUCUUCUCUCGAGCAAAACAAUGAUGGCUGGCAAGAACAAAUUGCAAAGUUUGAGGAGGAAGCUACUGCAUCUGCUGCAACGGAGGUCGGGAGUCCAGAAGAUGGGAAGAAGGCACGGCCUAUCAAAAAGCAAAAACCGAAAAAGCUCGUGCUGAUGAGCACUGCGGGCGCCAGGCGCGUCUAA